AUGACCACCGGUGAGUCAACAAAUGUGGAUAGUGAGGACGAUUUCGAGGACUGGCUGGAAAGCGAGCUGCUACCAGAGGGUGCGAUAACAGUCCCCGAAGAUUUGCGGCUCCCGUCGAAAAUACGAUGGAUAGUAAGCGACGGUGCAAAUGUAGUCGAAAACCAGGUCCUAGCGACCUUUUCGCUCGUUGAUAAUGGCAGUGGUAUCGGAAAGGAGCACAUUAAGUCCACCAACAGUGGCCAAGAUGUCGUCGAGGAUUCACGUGUUUCUGCGCUUAAAGAUGCAGAUACAUCUUUGUCGUUGGUAUCACAAUCUGGAGACAGCUGCAUAUCCACUAAAACAGACGAGUUGGAUAGACCAUCGCAUCAGAGCUCCUCGUCGGAAGACAAACAAUCUGACACUCCAGAUUCCAACAAUUUAAUGUCUGCACUCGCCUCAGGGUCACGUGGAGGAUCUAUGGAACUUGGUGGGAGGGUACAAGAAGGCUCAUUUGUGUUAAGGUCCGUCAGGCAUGGCACACUGAGACACAAGGUCCCCGCGGACACGGUUAUCACAGAUGACUCUGUCGUAUUGGGUACUAUCGAGAGCACCCAGUGUGAGCACAGUGUCGUUAUACAUGGCCUCUGUGUCACCUGCUGUCAGGUGAUUGAUGACGCAAGCUCAAAACGGCGCCAUGAGGCGGCGUCAGGAAAUGCAAAAAGGCAGUCUCCGGGUGAUCGAGAGUCUGAAGCUCCAGAAAUGGUGGUACCAGGUUUCAUCACCAAUAACAAUGCGGUAUUGGUGGACGCCAAAGUGUCUAACGAGAUGGAACUUAUGGAACUCCUCAGGUUGCUCAGGAAAAAAAAGUUAUGCCUGGUGUUGGACCUUGACAACACCCUGAUCCAUUCUUCAUGCACGAAGCCGCCUGACGACAUGGAUAUUCCUUUCAUAGACAUGUAUAGCCGAUCGGAUGGUUACAAGUUGCACUUCGAUAGCGAGGCGGACAACAUGCGAUACGAGGCUGAACUUGAAAGUUCGAUCCUGAUUACUCACACGCUUAAUGAACUGGAUGGCCGUUUCUUCGUCAACUACUAUAAGCUCAGACCUGGCGUGUACGAAUUUUUGCGCAACGCGUCCGAGAAAUACGAGCUGUAUCUCUUUACUAUGGGCACAAGAACACACGCACAGGCAGCUUUGAAGAUUUUGGAUCCCAAAGGGCUGUUGUUUGGCUCCCGCGUGUUCAGCAGAUCCGAAACAAACAACAGUUUCAAGUCACUCUGCCGCAUCUUCCCCAAUUAUCGUAAUCAUCUGCUCAUACUGGAUGAUUCGGAGCAUAUUUGGAUGAAUUCCCCCGGGUUGAUAAAGGUUUACCCGUACUACUAUUUCACGGAUAUGACCCUGAUAAAGAACAGAGAUUCUCGAAACCUAGGUCGUGUAUCGGCGGCUCUCCAAGCGCAUUGCAACUACUCCAACUACGUGUGGCAUUCCCUGAUCAUGGACAUAUGGAAUGAAUCCGAAUCUCGUGAUCGUGUCAACCGCGAUGACGAGGGGUUUACAAUCCCCAUGAAUCUAAAAAUGCCGAAGAAACGCACGCCAACGUUCCGAUACAACAAUCUGCUUAUAGCUAAUUCCAGACCAUCGCACAUCUAUCGGGACACAGCGGGGACUGAAAGCACAACCGUGACCAAAGGGGCAUCCAACUCAGCUGGUCAUGGUACAGGAUCAGAUAGCUUGCAAGAGGUUCGAUCUGCAGAACUUCCACCGCCGGCUGACGAACGGGUUUUGUCGGAGGCGAAGAACACGGAUGGAAAUAUAGCGCCGGAUGCUCGAUCAGAUUCGGAUAAUUGCGAUAAGGAUGCAAUGGGGACGAUGCCGUCGGAUGAACGUGAUUGCGGGAACCAGCAAAACAAGGACCCAGCGGUCGAUGCUUGCAACGACUCUGAGUCUGGCGGUAAGACAAAGCAAUCGUCACCAGAUCAAGUUACCUCACCGGAAGGCGCGUCAACUGAUUCCAGGGAGGCGGUACCGUCCCCAGCAUCGACACAACCGAACAGAUGCACUCGCAAGCUGCGCAAAAUCUGGGUGAGGGAUUGCGACAGCCAACUACAGUGCGUCAUGGGGCUAUUGAGUGAGAUGCAUCGCCGGUUCUUUGAUCAUGUUGACGUGAGGGGGCUUACUCUAGAGCGUCUAAAACACCUUAUUGAAGGCAGAGCGCUCCCAGACGUGGGCGUGCUGCUAAAUGAGCGCCGGAAAUCCGUUUUACGGGGCGUGGUGCUCGGGGUCAACCGCAACGACUUCCGUUGCCCGCGCACUGGCGAAGACGUUGACUUCUUCAACAGGUCGGAUCUCGGUUACUCAGCACUUCGUUUUGGGGCAUUGCCGCCGUCUUCGGAGCAUGCAAUGACGCACUACCUGAACAACAACGCGUCGGCGGUCGCGCCCAAGCCAGGUGUCAAGAGAGUGCACAGCCAGUGGCUGGAGGCGUGCAUCCACACGUGGAGCCGCGUGGACGAGUCAUUGUUCGACCCUGAUACAUGGACAGAACCAUACCGCACAUUUUGGGAUGUUCUGAAUGCUAAAAAAUAA